CGCCCCCAGCGCGCGGGCUGACGCCUCAGCGGAAGCCGCCCCGCCGGGCGGAAGCGGUGGGGCGAUGGCGGAGGGCGGCGCGGAACCGGGGGAUGAUGGCCCCGGCCCCGGUCCCGACCCUGGGCUGGCCCUGGUCGAGGGCAGCGCCGGGCGUGCCGGGCGCGUCGGGGACCCCGAUGACCUAGUGGCCCUGGCCCGGCAGGUGCAGCAGGCCGAUGACUUUGUCCGAGCAAACGCCUGCAGCAAGCUGACAGUCAUCGCUGAGCAGAUCCGGUACCUGCAGGAGCAGGCACGCAAGGUCUUGGAUGAAGCUAACAGGGAUGCUGAUCUGAACCACGUGGCCUGCAACCUUGUGAAGAAGCCAGGAAAUAUUUACUACAUGUACAGGCGGGAGAGUGGGCAGCGGUAUUUCUCUAUCCUGUCUCCUAAGGAAUGGGGUACCACCCCCCAUGAAUUUCUUGGUGCCUAUAAGCUCCAGCAUGACAUGUCCUGGACUCCGUUUGAGGACAUAGAGAGACGAGAUGCUGAAAUAACUGUCCUGGAGAAGCUGCUGAGCCGGCAGGCAGCACUGCCCUCGUGCACGGAGCCCAACUUCCAGGGCCUGACCAAGUCACACAAGUGACCACACAGGACCCCCUGAGCAGAGUCCCUGAGUGAGGGGACACAGUGCCUGUACACUGCCAAAGGCAGGGCAAUGAAAGAGACCAAGAAACAAAAAUGCUGAUUGCUCUGUGCUUUAAGGAGACUAAUUCUGCAUUCAGUCUUUCUGGAUUUUCUAGUAAUUCAAUAAUUUACUUCAUUGAUCUAUGCCAAGCUGUAGCAAGAGACAGGUGAUACCAGAAGGUGUGAGUUCCAAGAUCACUUGGAGGAAAAAGCAGAAAUUCUUGGGGCAGAUGUGAUAAUGCUGUAAAAUAACAUCUCCUAUCUGCCUGGCUCUGGUGUACCUCACUGUGAGUGCUUGAGUCAGGUAAUAAUCUCAGGGCUGGAUUUUUCCCCUUAUUAAAAUGCACAUGUUUAGAGAGCUCUAUGGCCUGGGAAGAGUGGUCAAAGGCCUGUGGCAAAGGGUCUGCUGUGAUGAAUGUUCUGGACUCUGUCCUAGCUGGUCAUGAUCCCUGAGCUGGGAACAUGGGGUGACCUGAAGCUCUCUUCUCUGGAAAGAACAUCCUCAACAGUGCCAUGCAGGUGCUCUCCAGAUGAUGUGUGUUUCACAUCCUCAUGCAUUACCCCUUGGAUCUGAGUGCAUGAGCUGCCAGGUAGAGACAGGAUACUGGAUGACUUUAUGCCAGAGCAGUGGGGAGAGUAAAAUAAAUCAAUUUUGAUCUCACAUGUAUCACCAAAA